GUGUGAGAAGCUGUUCAAUAUAACCAGCUCUCUUAUGACUAUUCUUUUAUCCUUGACUGACAGCGAGGGAGACAAGGGGGACGGGUGCUAAAUCAAGUAAUUUAAGUAAUUUAGUUUAAUAAUCGACCGCUCCUUCGGUCGUCGUUUCCUUGCAUGCAACAUGCUCGCGCUUCUGUUCUAUACCACUGUACUUCUACCAACAGUCUUCUGUGGCAGCGCAAACGAGUCAAUUUACUUGGUGACAGUAACCUCCCAAACAGUAGCGGGCAUCACAGAGACACUCUGCGCCCAACUUCAUCAGCCCAAGGAGCCUGUCUCCUUCAUCAUCACCCUGGAGACCGAGGACGCUAAUGUGACUCUGCUGGAAGAAGCCGUGAAGGAGGAUUUCUACCGCUGCGUCCCUUUCCAGGUUCCCGUUGUCACUGUGGACACAGUGGUUUCUGUGCAUGUCGCUGUGCGGGGCGAGAAGGAGGCUCUGAGCAAGAAAUCCAAAAUCCUCAUCAAACCCAGCAGCUUCCUGACCUUCGUCCAAUCAGACAAGCCUGUGUACAAGCCGGGCCAGACAGUCAAGUUUCGCAUCGUGUCUCUCGAUGCCAGCUUUCUGCCUUACAACCAAGAGUUCAAAACCGUGGAGCUGCAGGACCCCAAUUCCAACCGCAUCGCUCAGUGGCUGAACAGGUCAACCACCGCAGGGAUUCUGGACCUUUCUAACCCCAUGUCUCCAGAGGCCACACAGGGAAACUAUAUCAUCACGGCCUGGAACGAGAAGGGCACACCAACCACCCACAACUUCGAAAUAAAGGAAUACGUCCUACCCAAGUAUGAGGUCAAAGUCCAUCUUCCCAACGUCAUGACCAUCCUGGACACACAGGCAACAUUGAAAGUGUGUGGGAAAUAUACCUAUGGGAAGCCUGUCCUGGGGUCAGUAAAAGCAGAAGUAUGUCGGAAGUCCUUCAGAUAUUACUGGCAUUCAGAACCGGAUGCGCAUACUGAUAUCUGCCAUAAGUACCUCAUGACCACUGACAAGACCGGAUGUGCCAGUGAGACAAUCGAUGUGACCCAGUUUGCUCUGAAUGCUACGAGGUAUGAAGACAGUUUGGAUGUGGAAGCUGAGAUGGAGGAGUACGGAACAGGUGUGGUCCUGAAGGGGAGUGAGAGUUUGCGCAUCACCAGUGACAUUGUGACAGUGAAUUUUGAAGACACACAACAGGCCUUCAGGCCUGGCAUCCCAUUUGAGGGAAAGGUCAAAGCCACUGGCCCAGACUCCGUCCCCAUGGCAGAUGACACGGUGCUACUGGUGGCAGACUAUGGUGGCCAGUCUGAGAACUGGACAUUGUCCACAGAUGACAAGGGCGUGGCUUACUUCAGUCUGGACACUGUCCCCUGGAUGUCGAAGGGUGUCAUGCUGCAGGCAUUCUAUCGCAAGAGGGAAGACGACAUUGUGUAUAUGCCCCACUUUCGCAGAGCAAACUACAGGUCUGCUCAAAUGUGGCUGAAACAAUUUUAUUCAAAGAGCAAGAGCUUCCUUAAACUGAAGCCCAUGACAGGAAAGCUGUCAUGUGACACCGAUGCAUUAAUCACGGCUCAGUACAUCAUCCAGGGGGAGGAGCUGGAGAAGGAGCAGAAAUCCCUGGCCUUUUUCUACCUGGUUCUGUCCAGAGGGAGCCUUGUGCAGCACGACCGUCUCUCUGUGGCUGUGAAAGAAGGACAAGUGAACAAAGGGGAUCUGUCUUUCUCUCUGCGGGACAUGGUGGAUCGGGCACCCUAUGCCCAGGUGGUGGUGUACGCGGUGCUGCCAGACGGAGAGACUGUGGCUGACAGUGCUAAUUUCCCCAUAAGCCUUUGCCUGAAGAACAAGGUGUCUCUAAAGUUCCACUCACCCCAGGAACUGCCAGGGGUGAUGACGACUCUGAGCCUGAAUGCCCAUGCAGGCUCCUUGUGCUCUCUGAGGGCCAUUGACCAGAGCGUGCUGCUCAUGGCACCAGAGCGAGAGCUGAAUGUGGAAACCGUAUACGGACUGCUGCCAGUUCAGAUGCUUUUGGGAUAUUUUUACAGAGUGGAGGAUGAUGACCCUUAUCCCUGCAUUGACGAACCUAUCCGCCCCAUGGAGCCGGAGAUAGAGGUGGUUCCUGCAGAAAAUUCCACGGCUGCCACACUGGAAAUAAGCCCACCUGUGCCUGAUGUGCAGGAUGGAGGAGAGGACCCGUCCGUCAAGAGCAAGAGCAAGAGCAAGCGAUCUGCCAUUUACUUUAACCCUGGAAAUGAGAAACACGACGUAUACAACAUGUUUAAGGGUAUCGGAAUGAAAAUCAUAACCAACUCUGACGUGAAAAAACCAACUACCUGCUAUGACAUGUUAUACCAUACUGGUGUGUAUGCCCGCUCAGAUGUGCUCUACGAUUCGGAGCCCGUUCCCAUGGCAUUCAACAUGGAGCGCACUGUGAUGGAGAGUGUGUCAGAGGACGGUGCUGGAGUGGGCGCUGCAGGAGCCAACGUGCCCCAGGAGACUGUCCGCACGUACUUCCCAGAGACCUGGAUCUGGGAUCUGGUAGCAGUCGGAGAUUCGGGCAAGGUGGAUAUAGCGAAGGCCGUUCCGGACACAAUAACCAAGUGGGCAGCGGGGGCCCUGUGCACCUCCCCCGUGGGCUUGGGCCUCUCCCCCACUGUCGGCCUCACCGCCUUCCAGCCCUUCUUUGUCAGUCUGACGCUGCCAUACUCCGUCAUCCGGGGGGAGGUGUUCACACUCAAGGCCACUGUAUUCAACUACCUCUCUAAGUGUAUCAUGGUCCAGCUGAGCGUGGCAGAGUCCACAGAGUUUGCAGCCCGGCCGUGUGAAGGAUGCCAGUACACACACUGCCUGUGUGGGGAGGAGAGCCGAACCUUCAACUGGAUCAUCACACCCUCUGCCCUGGGUGAGGUUAGCAUCAAAGUAAGUGCGGAGGCACUGAAGACAGAGGACUUGUGUGGGAACGAGGUGGUCACUGUCCCAGAGAGGGGACGGAUCGACACUGUUGUCCGCAAACUCCUGGUAGAGGCGGAGGGUACAGAGAAGACCCUCAGCCACAGCGCCCUGCUGUGCCCAGCUGAUGGGCCAGUGGAGCAGGCUGUCUCUCUGAAGCUGCCUGAGGUGUUUGUGGAAGGCUCGGCGAAGGCCUUCGUGUCUGUGCUCGGUGACGUAAUGGGCCGGGCCAUGAAGAACCUGGACAAGCUCCUGGCCAUGCCGUACGGCUGCGGGGAACAGAACAUGGUACUGUUCGCCCCCAACAUCUACAUCAUGAGCUACCUGGAGAACACCAAGCAGCUGACCCAGGAGAUCAAGGACAGGGCCGUGCACUUCCUGGAGGGCGGCUACCAGCGUGAGCUGAAAUACAAGCACGAGGACGGCUCCUACAGCGCCUUCGGGAAGGAUGAUGAUUCCGGAAAUACCUGGCUGACCGCCUUUGUGCUGAAGUCGUUUGGAGGUGCGAGGCCCUACAUCUUUGUGGACCCAGACCACAUCACACUGGCCAAGACCUGGCUGCUCCGAAAACAGAAACCAAACGGCUGCUUUCUGUCUGUGGGGAGUUUAUUUAACAACGCCAUGAAGGGUGGAGUCAGCGAUGAGGUGUCACUAGCAGCCUACAUCACUGCAGCACUGCUGGAACUGGACUCUACUGGUCCUAUGGUGGCAGGGGGUCUGGAGUGCCUGAAAGCUGCUGUGGAGAAGACAGAUCACCUUUACACCACGGCACUGUUAGCCUACACCUUCACGCUAGCAGGGGACGCAGAGAACAGGAUAAAACUCAUCAAACGGCUGGACAAAGUUGCCAUAGCUGCAGGAGGAGAUCGUUACUGGAAGCGCGUGGAGACGCCGGACGGCCAGACAGACUCCCUGGAGGUGGAGAUGACGGCCUACGUGCUCCUGGCCCUCCUCUCUGGCCCCUCCUUGCCUUAUUUCGGCAUGGGCUACGCCACCAGCAUCGUGCGCUGGCUGACCAAACAGCAGAACUCUUACGGAGGCUUCCGCUCCACACAGGACACGGUGGUGGCCCUCCAGGCCCUGUCACGGUAUGGUGCUGCCGCCUACAGUCCGGAGGGUUCCAGCGAGGUGACUUUGACAACGGGCGGGGGCUACAUUCGCACCUUUAACGUGAAUCAGAGCAACAAGCUCCUGUACCAGGAGGAGAAGCUGCAGGAGGUGCCAGGGGAGUACACCAUCAAGGCCAAGGGGCAGACCUGCGUGUUCACCCAGAUUUCUUUGCAGUACAAUAUCCCCCCUCCCCCUGAUUACACCGCUUUCAACGUCUCCGCCAGUGCCUUGGGAGCCUGCAACGGCACGGCGAAGAGUCUCCUCGUGACGGUGGAUGUGAGGUACGACGGAAGGCGGGAGGAAACCAACAUGGUCAUCAUUAACAUCAAGAUCCUGUCUGGGUUCGUCCUCGAUAAGAGCUCGCUACGAUUCUUGAGGCGCGAUAGAACUGUGAAACGUGUUGACCAGGAAGAGGGACACAUCAUCAUUUACCUGGAUGGGCUGAAAAAGGGAGUACAGAGGCGGUACUCUGUGGCCAUUGUGGAAGACGUGCCCGUGAGGAACCUGAAGCCCGCGGUGGUCAAGGUUUACGACUAUUACCAGACAAGUGAUGCAGCUGUGUGUGAAUACACCUCUCCGUGUGCCGAGGGCGACGACUUUAACAAGCUAUGAAGAGAUGGAUCGAAGGACAGCUCACGCACAUGUUCAUAACUGUCAUAAUCUACCAGGAGGCUGACAAUAUUUCACACAACUGACAAAACCGCAUCAGUUCUGCACCGAUCUUUCAAUUCAGAUUUUAACACAUGCUCUUCCGUUGUUUUAAUUCACCUUUUAAAGCUGCACUGUGAACGUUUGGGGAAUAAACAGCUAAUGCCCAUCUUAUUCAGUUUGUGUUUGGCACUAGCUUGUGCAGUCUGAGUUCAUGAGUAUUUUAAGUGUCACUCUGUAUUUUACUUUAGGAUAAUGUUGAGCAAAGUGAGGUUUUGUUUGUAUUACUUGGACUAGUACAACAUAAAACAAUAUUCCUUAAGGUGGA